CAAUUGCAUUGAAUCAAAUGGAUUGGGAUUAUAUUAGUAGGCUACAGUCUCGUUAAAGGACCAUUCGUAGCCUUUUCCCAAAAACAUAAACUUGAUUUUCCCCCAAUUUAACAUCACAACAUUUGCAGGCUUUGGUAUCAAAGUAAUUAACUUCACCACAGGGACACAGAUAUGCCGGAAGAACAACCGGCGGACGUGAAGAAGAGGACGGCGGACUCGCUGGGAUGGCUAACGGAAUCCUCCAUCAUGCCUCGCAAGCAACGCGCCAUAGAAGGAGUUGGAGCUUCCUCCAUCCUCGAGCUCAAAGCUCAGCUCUACAGAUCCCAAGAGGAGUCCAAGCGCAACCCUAAGGAGCACGUAAACGCCGCCGAUCACAGCUACGCUCAUCACCUGGAGGUGCACCGCGCCAAGAAGAAGAUCGCCGCACACGAUUCAUUCGCCGCCAAGAACUCCGGCGUCGACUCCCGUGCUGCCAAGGACAAGCUUGAACUAAAAGCAGUCCAGGAUGGUUCAGCAAGCUAUGCAGCAUUGGAGAGGAAAGCGGAAUUAUAUAAUAAACUGGUGAGAGGAGAAUUGUCCGAUGAAGAAGAUCAGGAGAAGUACUGUGUUGACUUCUUCCGGAAGGGUCUAGAGCAGGAUGUGUCCCACAUGCCUCAACAAUCUGAUGCCUCUGCACCACAGUCCGAAGACACGGAUUGUGGUGAUAUGUUCAUAAAUAGUACAAAAGCUGCAGGGCUUGGACGAGCUUCGGCUACGGUUGACAGAAGUCAACAUAAGCAUUUUGUAAUGGAGGUUCAUGAAGAAGCAAAUAAAGAACGAGAAAAAGUGUCCGAGCUCAAAAUGCGCAGACAAGAGCAAGCUGCUGCUCGAAGAGAAAAACUGAAACAGGCCUACCUCCGAAAGCAACUUGAGAAGUUGAAGGCAUCUAAAGCUGAGCAGACCUGAGUUUGCAGGUGUUCGGUGGGUGUAAAGUUGUGUGAUUUUAGGGCAAGGAUCUAUGGAAAACAAUUAGUGUGUAAGCACUGGGGGAAAUUUAAACCUUUUUCUUU